UUACCUUUAUAACGGCGCUACAUAUUGACAGUUAUUACAUACAAUUAAAUGCUAAUUAAUUUAAAUUUAUAUUAAACCAAAACAGGGGACCAACGUCGACGAGACUCACGGUCACCGUCACAUCCUCGGGAAUGAAGAUGAACCAAUCGAUGUCAACAUGAGAUAUUACAAUUUAAUCUUCAACCACUUCGCCGGCAUCGGCGAGACCGUGAACUUCGCUCCUUUUCCGAUACAACCGUCUGCUCCGGUGCCGGUUCCGGCGACUCCUACGAGGAGUGAUUAUGUUCUGAUCGAUGUCCCUGCUAGGAGAGCAGUUCGCAACUCUCUAGCGACUGGAAACGCUCUGGACGCAAACAAGAAGCAGCGUCGCGGUUGUGGCGGUUGCUGUGGUGGAAGGAUUGGCUGGUUGAGGAAGUGUACGAACAUGAACUGCAAUGCGGUUGACACUCCUAUGUGGCGAAGGGGUCCUCUUGGUCCAAAAACUCUAUGCAAUGCUUGUGGGAUAAAGUUCAGGAAGGAGGAAGAGAGGAUGUCCAAGAGGACUUUCUGAUUUGUUUUGUUUGUUAUAUUUGUAUUUGAUUAAAAAUUUAAAAGAGAGAGGAAGUGAUUGUUAAUUAGGAAUGUCUAUGUCUCUGAUUAAGCUUUGUAUCAAGUUUAAUG